AUGUUAUUGUUCUGGACACUUUAAAAUACCUUCGCUACCCGUCCUGUGCCCUUGUCCUGGAUAAGACUCUCCAGAUAUGCAGUAUUUUUCUCAAAUUUAAAAUAACUUAUAGUUUUCAUCGCCUUGCAAUUUGGUAUGAGUUUAAAUAACAUUUACGAAUUUUCAAACUUUCUUGUAUAUAUUUCUAACUCAUUCAGAGCCUGUGUCUAUUAAAAUGAGCAUCACGAGUUUGCUUUUCUUUCUUUCAAAUAAUAAAUACAACAUAAUUAAAUAAUAAAGAUGACAGAAAAACAGCAUUAUAAAUUAUGUAAAUUAUAUGGUAAUAAACAUUUCUUUGUGUCUAUAACACUGUCAAACUCCACUGUUACUCACAGUAAUGACGAGUUGCUUAUUUCCAUAAAAAAUAUAUAUAUUUUCAUAAACACUAAAUAAAAUCAUAAUUAAACGCAAAAUCGUUCAUGGGUCUUCCAAUGUUGCACACUUUUAUUUUUAAUUUUUGCAUAUAAAAGAUAACAACAAUCUUCCUUAUUAUAUAUAAAGGAAGAAAACAAAAAUAUUAAUAAUUGUUAUUGACUAUAUUUAUAUACAUUUGUAAUAAAGUGUUAUUAUUAUUGUUGUUAUUAUUAUUAAAAUGAUGUCAAGCCCCUCUGUGUACAGCCCUCUCCGCGUGCGCGUCGCAUUGACGUCAUGGGGGAAUCCCACCAAUCCAGCGUGCGUCACGCGUGGAAUCUUCGCAGACGGAAAGAACUCAAUUAGCCCCGCCCACAGAGGCGUUCCUCACCAUGGCAACAGCUGCAGCUCUUUAUCGUCCGCGAGCGCAUUGAAUAUUCAACCCACAUACAGUAAUGAGGGGAUUGUAAAUGGGCUUUUCCGCUUGUAGCAUAGCAGCCGGAGGAUGUCGACGCCACGGACGCUGGGCGAGCUGCAGCUGUACCGUGUGCUGCAGAGGGCCAACCUGCUCAUGUACUACGACACCUUCAUCCAGCAGGGCGGCGAUGAUGUGCAGCAGCUGUGUGAGGCCGGAGAAGAGGAAUUCCUCGAGAUCAUGGCUCUGGUCGGGAUGGCAACGAAGCCCCUGCACGUGCGGCGCUUGCAGAAAGCUCUGCGCGACUGGGCCGCAAAUCCCGCCGUCUUCAACCAACCUCUGACCUCGGCCAUGGGAGGAAUCCCGCUUUUUAAAAUCGACAGCAUCAUGGGCUCGAGGAAGUCCUUAACCAACGGCCAACCGGCAUCCCCAUGCGACAGGGAAGAUCAGGGAGCUUGUCUGACUCCACUCCGAGACAAUGGCAGUCCGAGGAGCCCAUGCUCCCAGGCAUCCCCUCUUCCUCCAGAUCAUCAUCUUUACAGGGACAAACUGUCCCCCAUGGAGCCUCACUGGCUCAGUCCGGAAUUAGACGGAAGCGUCGGAGCAGAGGAAGACCAGCCCAGUCCACCUUUGCCUCUUUUGGUCCACUCCCGGAACAUAGGUCCCUCGACGCCACCCACAUCUUCCUCCUCAUCCUCCUCCCCUUGGCCUGGAGGACAGCUGGAUGCAGACACGGUGAAGGCGGUAGGGGAAAGCGUGGAGCGUCUGUUCAGGACGGUGCCGCACACAGACCCAUCCGAGGUCAAGAGUCUCCUCAGGCUGAAUAAGAAGAUGGCCAAGACGGUGGGUCACAUUUUCAACAUGGAGCCACACGACAAGAGCAAAGAGGAGGAGAUCCGCAAGUACAGCCUCAUCUACGGCCGCUUUGACUCCAAGAGGAGGGAGGGCAAGCAGCUGACACACCACGAGAUGAUCAUCAACGAAGCGGCGGCGCAGUUCUGCAUACGUGACAACGCGCUGUUAUUGAGACGGGUCGAGCUUUUCUCACUGGCUCGGCAGGUGGCGAGGGAAUGCGCCUACACCUCCACUCUGAAACACAGCAGGACCAACCCUGAGGACUGUACUAAUUCCUUUACGGACAACAGCGCUCCGAAAAGAAUCAAACUCGAGGUCACAGAUUCAGACAGUAUUAACCCGAUACGUGGAUCAAAAAGUGCUGACGUAGUGAUUCACCCCGGCCUCAGGUCAGCAGCAGAUGACGACAGCUUGUCAGGAGAAAGUCUGGACAGUUUAUCUCACGAUGUAGGGCCUCACUCUCUCCCCUCGUCAUCCCCCCGUCCCCUUGCCGACACCAUCGGCCCCGUCACCUGGAGUCGCCAGCUCAUGCAGCAAACGCUCAUGGAUGAAGGCCUGCGAUUGGCUAGAAUGGUGUCACGUGACCACGCGGCCAAGGUCAGCCUAGGGUCAGAGAAGAGACAGACUUCAGAGCCAGAGGGCCGAGCAUCAGACAGACGAGGCUUAAACGCGUCCCACCAGAGCAGCAGCCCUGCCAGCACCAAAGACGACCCUUAAAGGGACACCAGCAGGAGCCAGAAGUUGCCUUGCUGCUCAACUCAGGUCUCAUACGACUCGAACCCUCCGGAGAUUUUCACACCCACUUUCCCAAAACUGUCUUAUGUAGUUAGCACAUCACAGGUCCAGUAUUAGAAUGUUCUAUUGUGAGUCAGUGGCUGGAUGAAGAUGUGUGUGUGUGUAGAUCAAAUUUGGUUCUGAAUGGUCUGAGUUCAGUGCAGUUUAGUACAUUUACAUGUCACCAAGGGGGCGUGUCUCAAUACAAGAUUCAUGAUCUGGUGCAUGAUAGACACAUUUAAAGCAUCCAUGACGACAUACGAUACAAUUUAGAGCUGUUCUGCUGCAAUACAAUACAGUGCAAUACAGUAAUUGUUAUGUAAAGUAGCACACACACACACAUUAAUAAUAAUGAAAAAAUGCAGUAAUACAUUUGACUGUUCUUAGGCCACACCUCCUUCACUGAGAUUGGCAGACAGCCAUACCCUUUUUUUUUUUAUUGGGACUAAUACGCUCAGAGGCCAUGCCUCCUUUAUUAGGACUGACAUAAACAAAGGCCACACCUCUUACUGAGACUGACACAUUUCAUUCUCUGGGACUAACGUUCAAUUCAAUUCAAUUUUAUUUGUAUAGCGCUGUUUACAGUGAACAUUGUCACAAAGCAGCUUUACAGAAAUCCGGAUAUAAAACUUUAAAUUUUUAUCCCUAAUAGGCAAAUAGACACAGAGGCCAUACCCCCUUUUUUGGGUACUGACAGGCACAGAUCAUGAAAAUUACAUAUUUCUGAAAUACACUAUAUAGUGCAUUAGGGAGUUUUCUUAUUUUGUCAUCAUGUCUGAAAGCAUAACAGAGAAUAUUCAGAACUCCCUCAGUGCACUUGGUUAGUGUCUAAAUUGGUGUACCCUACAGAUUGGGUACAGAUUACCCAUGAUGCACUUUGCACCAGACUGUGCUGAACUCUGGACAUAAAAUAGCAGGAAAGAGAUUUACAUUUCUUGUAAAUACCCAGCGUACUUUCAUUGCUGUCACAUCAGUAACACAGCCGUAACUGUAGGUUUGUUUCUGUCUCCUGAUUAAUGGCAUGUAACUUUAGUUUAAAGACACGAUCGCAGCGAUAACGUACUGACCCGCUGAUUCUGUGCUGAAUCCGAGUCGCUCUGAGUGUAAAAUUAGAUGGUAAAGUGGUUAAAGGAAUCCGUUUUUUAAGUGUGGUUUAAUUCAAACGGUUUUAACACUAAUAUACUAAACUUAUACAGAAUAUAAGCGUAUCAGCUGUAGUAAAAGUACGGGACAUUAGUUUGUGUUAUUUUUUUCUAAACUUUUAAAGGUAGAAAGCAAUCUAGAUUUAAAUCCCUAUUUGUCAUUAAGGACAGGAUCAUCCAGUAGGUUGUAUGUGUUAUGCCAUCUCAUGGUAGAAAUCAUUGUUGUCUUACUGGAAUCAGAUAAUUUAUUUUUUAAUAUUCUCAAUAAAUGGUAUUUUAUUGUUUA